AUGGUGAGCGUGGCCGAAGAGCAGCUUGAUGAUAUCCUCGAAGACGAUAUAAUAGAUAAGGGCUAUAUACUCAGUAUAUCCAUUUACGUGGAGCACGGCCUUGCAAAUAGCAGAACACCGGUUGGAAAGCACGAAAGAAUAUGCUAUUACCAGGGUGUUCCUGAUUAUCGCAAAAUAAUUUCAACCGAAGCCUCUGGGAGCCAAAUAGAGAGACUGCCUAACACCCCGGAUGAGCCAGGCAGAACUCUCGUAAUGGUUUCCGCAGCCGAUGGUCUUCGGGAUCGUUUACGCGACCUUGCAAGAGGCUUUCUGCAUCAGGGAGUUACGCUAUUAGAACUAGAAUAUCAGCCUCAGUAG